CUCGUAUGGGACCUCCUUCGCUGUGACGCGGCCCAGAGAGCUCUGUCUGGGCCGCUGCCUCCAGCUCUCUACUAUCAUUCAAGCUUUCACACUUCAUGCCCUCUCGCUGUGCACUCCCCCCCCGUAGCUGCAGUCCGGUUUCGUUGGGUCAUUGAGGACUCCCCAGGUGUACACAAGGAUCACACCCAUCCAGCCUGAGCAGGGGGGAUGACUGAGAAAAGUUGGACAAUCCAGAAAAUCCGGCGGUUCUUCUGACGGUGCUCUUCCAAGAGGAGCAACCAUCUAAAAAAGCAACAACAUGAUGUCCGCUAUAGAAGCUGGUACCCCCGUGUACCAACCUGCACAGCUGCUGAACUGGGUUUACAUGUCUUUGCAAGAAACUCAGAACGGAGGUUUUGAUGCGUUCAAAGCCGAUUCGGACACUUCUUCUCAGGACGUGAACAUCUCCAAGCGCAGUGUGGCUGAUCUGAGCUCCAACUGUCUCAACAACUUCUUCCAUCUGAGGAGUGAGGCCUUGAACAACAACUUCUACAAGAGCUCCUCGCCCUACGGGUCCCUUAACAAUAUUGUGGAUGGCUUGAGCUCUCUGGCGGACCAUUUCUCAGACCUCACCCUGUCCCCCGAGACACGCAAACCUAGCAAAAGGCCGCCGCCCAACUACCUGUGCCAUCUUUGCUUCAACAAAGGACACUACAUCAAAGACUGCCCUCAGGCUCGCCCCAAAGGUGAAGGCCUGACCCCCUAUCAGGGAAAGAAGCGGUGUUUCGGGGAAUACAAAUGCCCAAAAUGCAAGAGGAAGUGGAUGAGCGGGAACUCCUGGGCCAACAUGGGACAAGAAUGUAUCAAGUGCCACAUCAACGUUUACCCUCACAAACAGCGACCUCUGGAGAAACCAGACGGGUUGGAUGUGUCUGACCAGAGCAAGGAGCAUCCGCAACACUUGUGCGAAAAAUGUAAAGUCCUUGGCUACUACUGCCGGCGUGACCAAUAACUCUAGAUGCCUUAAACACCCUCCUGAAGGUUUAUCAAAAAGGGAAAAGUCUGUCAGUUACUAAAAACACACCAUGGAAAAACUUAAUUUUACUGUAAUCGAUUUACAGUCACAAUAUAUUCCCUGAAACUGUGACUCAGUAAGAAGCUCAUUAUUUUGUGUCUCACUGAAGACAAGUACUAUUUUUUAUUUGGUGGUCACUUUCUCAGUUUGAAUUAUGUGAAUUUUUCAUUUAGAGUCUUAUUAACAAGGAACCACAAAUCUUACCAACUGUGAAUUAAGAAGCUUUAGCUCUGACCGUCCUCACUCAAAGUUGAUGAGUGAAGUUUCCACAUGAAAGAUUCUUUAUAACAUGUUUGUAUAUUCCAGAAAUAACUUAAAUAAUGUGUUCUGUAUAAAAUAUGCAACAGGUCUUUGCUUAAAGGAUACGCAGUACAAAUAUAUAUCUGCAUUAUCUGUAUUAUCAGUACUGAAGGGUACAUAUUUUUCAACCAUGUUUAUUACAUCUUGUGAAGGAAUAUAUUAGCCAACUAACAGUUAUUCUUUAUAUGUUAAAUGCCUGUAGUUUUACAGAAAUGCGUUAGGUAGUUUGUCAGUUAAAGUUAUACCAAACUGCAAACAGAUGCAAUAUGAUGGAGACUUGUUUUUUCCUGAAAUUAGAGUAACAGUAUUUUGGCACCCAGUGCUUUAAGUUUCACCAAAGGGCUUUUUUUUAUUUUUUAAAUGGGUCAUAAUGUCUCGAGACAUAAAAGAGAAAAGAAUAUCUGAAUGUAUCACAGAGGAUUCAGAGAAGGCUGCGUGUUGCUUUAAGGGCUUUUUUUGUAUCUCAGUAAAUUUGUAAUGUUAAAUAUAUGCAACAGAAUCACACUAUGACUUUUAAGUGUUUAAGAAGUGUGUAACGCCAUUUAAUGUGCCUUAUUUUGAGUUACCCCAGAGAGUGAUAGUUUGUCUCUUUAAAAAAAAGGUUUUGUAUUAAAACUGUUAAACACA